AAGAGACGCAGAAAUGAGACGAAAAGAGAAGAAUCUUAUCCAUUAUUAAAAUCCUUUAUAAAAGCAAAUCAGUUCCUCUGUAAACAUCUAACACAGUACUGAGAGAAAAAAAAAAUUAGAAUUCAAAAGAGAGCAACAGCUUGGCUAACGUAGCUCUGUAUGUACACACAUUAAUGGCUGCUUCACGUAGCUAUUUCGCACCGACGAACUACCGGUUUCUCUCGACUGAUCGAGACGUUUCGAUGACUCCUGAUCACUCGGUGUUCGAGCUGGAGGAGUCCGACGUGUGGAACUCACCGGCGGUUAAUCGGUCGCCGGAGUUGUAUAAGAGGUCUCCGAUCAGUUCAAGGAGCUCGAGGAAACAGUGUGAUCAAAUGAAGAGUUACAAAAACAGUUCCGGCGCGGCUGUGGCGGCGACGGUGAGGGCGGGGUCUAUGCCGGUGAAUGUACCGGAUUGGUCGAAGAUACUGAAGGAUGAAUACAGAGAGUGUGGAAGGAGAGAUAGUGAUGAUGAUUUUGAUGGCGGUGAUGAUUUGGAUUGUCGGAUUCCGCCUCAUGAAUUUUUGGCGAAGCAGUUGGAGAGGACUAGAAUUGCAUCGUUUUCCGUGCAUGAAGGAGUUGGAAGGACUCUGAAAGGGAGAGAUCUGAGUAGAGUUAGGAAUGCUAUAUGGGAGAAAACUGGAUUCGAGGAUUGAUCUAAUUUGUUGUCGGAUCUUCAUCUAAACUUUGCGUAACGAGAGCUUUAGCACAUUUCAACUCUGAUUUUUAUGUUUUUGUUCGAAUUCUCAGAUAUUUUGACAGUGAUUCGUUAGCUUGUAGACUGCUUAUUUACACAUCUUCAAGUCCAUCACUGCGUUGUGAUUGUAAUUUUUUUGUUUUUGGAAUUUUGAGAGGAAAUGAAGGCAAAAAAAAUUGAUUGUGAAAAAAGAUGUACUUUGAGAUGUCAUUCAAUUUGCUGGUAGUUUCACAUUACAAAUAAAACACCUUUUUACUCCA